AUGCGCCAGUUCGGGUCCAGCUGAAAUGUUGCCGACUGAGUGGCCGGAAGUGGAGCUGGGCUCCGGGAUGCUGCAGCCAGGCAUCAAUCUUCUGGAUCAGCUAUGGCAGGUGGCCAAUAGCAGUAAUGCGUCUGUCACGCUGGAAGAUCAGAGAUGUCCAGUGCUGCAUGUAGGACAGUACUCCACUCUCUCUCUGCCUUUACGCCGAGUGUUUGGCCACAGAUUUGAUGAUGAGUUCAGCGUGCUGCUCCAGCUACGCAGUUCUCAGCAUGAAGACCGUAGCCUCUUUACGUUCCUCUGCCCAGAUGGCCACAUCCUCCUUCAGAUCCGCAUCAGCGCCCACUUCUUCACCUUCAUCAGCACACAGCAGCGCCAUUAUGAGUUUCCUGUUGCUGUGCUGUCUGAUGGGAAUUGGCAUCGAGUGGCAGUGAGUGUGUCGACAGGCCGGUUUGCACUAUAUGUGGAUUGUACCAUGGUGGAAAGUGUAGACUGGGCCUACAAGGAGGGACUGGGAAUCGCCACUGAUGGGCUUAUCAUGGUGGGAGGAAUCGUUGAGGGCUUUGAAAUACCAUUUGAGGGUGAUCUGAAACAGGUGAUGUUCAUAAUGGGGGAGCCAGAUGCAGCCAGAGAUCAGUGUGAAGUGUAUUUACCUCGAUGUGACGGGGCUGCUUACAUCGAGAAACCCCAACGCUUCCCACAUACUCAAGUUCCAGAAGAGCUUUUGCUGUCCUCAAAUGACUUGGAAGAUUUGCCAGAGGACAGGGACAUGAUCCGCAGAACAAUGAGCGGUGUGAGAAGACGUGGGCUGACCCGUGGAGAUGGCACACUCCCUACAGGCUUGAAGCGACCCAGCUCUUUUAGCCGUGGGGAUGUUUUUGAGGUGGAUGAGUACACGGACUUGAUCGAUCCCAACGCCCUAUCGAAAAAUGGUGGCUUACCCCACAAGAUCCACCAACCCCUUGCUAAAGGCAGCAAGGAGGCCAAGCCAGACUCUACCUCUAAACUUCUAGAUGAGAACAUCACCACUGAGAAAAGCAGUCCUGAUAAAGGGUUUCCUAAGAAGCCUGUUGAUAACAUCAUUAGUGAUCCGGAUGUCCCUUCCAUUUUGAAAAAAACUCCUGCUGGAGAAAGCUCAAGCCCUGAAGACUCUGACUCCAACCUGCUGAAGGAAGGAGAGGAGAUGGUGACCUCAACUCCUGUUCCUCCUCACUCAUCCCCUGAGAAAACAAAUGAAACUCGCAGGAUUGACCCAAACCUGGUUCUCACAGGUAGGACAGGGGGCCUGGUGCGAGGCUCAGAUGGGAAGAUGCAUCACCUUCUUCAAGGCCCUCCAGGGCCAGUGGGACCACCUGGGGAGCCAGGUUGUCCCGGCAGUGUGGGCUAUCCAGGAUUCAAAGGUGAAAAGGGAAGCGUCGGACCAGUGGGUCGUCCUGGUCAGGGUGGAAACCCAGGGCCACCAGGACCACCAGGACCACCCACUUUAUAUAUAUGGAGGAACACAGCAGAGGAGUGGGCUUAUUUUCAGCAAACAUCAUUCUUCCAGUUUUUGUAUGCAGGUUGGCCUAGAGAGCCAGGUUUACCUGGGCCACAGGGAGAACCUGGAAAACCAGGCCCACGGGGACCACCGGGUGAUCCUGGAGAAAGAGGACCGUCAGGGCGUGUGGGAGAUAUGGGUGACCCUGGUUUACCAGGCGUGCCUGGCUUACCAGGGAUUCCGGGAAAAUAUGGGGAAAAUGGCCUGAAAGGACAACAGGGGCCUCCUGGCAUACCUGGCCCAAAGGGCCCUUUUGGCUAUAAAGGAGAACUUGGGUCACCUGGUGAAAAAGGAGAUGAUGGAUUUAUUGGAGCAGAGGGUCCUAGUGGAGAUGUAGGGGAACCUGGAGAGAAAGGAUGUAAAGGGCUACCUGGGUCACCUGGUCCUACUGGCCCUCAGGGGCCACAAGGAAUGAGAGGGAUCGAGGGCCUCGAGGGCUCUCCAGGGACAGAUGGCGAGGAUGGCUUUGAUGGCCCACCAGGUCCACCUGGUCCACCAGGUCUUCCAGGUUUCACGGGUUUUGUCGGUGCUCAGGGUGUAAAUGGCUCACGGGGGGAGCCUGGGCCUGCAGGAAGCACCGGCCCCCCAGGGCUCCAGGGUGGUCAGGGUUUUGAGGGACAGAUUGGACCUCCAGGGCCACGGGGCCCACAGGGUCAUCCGGGCAGAGAAGGCAUACCUGGCCCAAAAGGGGUUCCUGGACCUGCUGGGCCAACAGGACUUCGAGGACCACCGGGAUUGGAGGGCCCCAUGGGUGCAUUAGGAACACAGGGUCCAAAAGGAUUUAUAGGUGUCAGAGGUAAGAGGGGACCUGAGGGAGACCAGGGAGAAGCCGGACCAAAAGGUGACAAAGGUACUAAAGGAGACCCAGGGAUACAGGGUUCUCAGGGUGAACAGGGACCCACUGGUUUUCCAGGUUUUCCAGGGGUCAAAGGUCAACCUGGACGAAGAGGGAUACAGGGAGACGAUGGAGAGGUGGGUCCACAUGGCAAAUCAGGAAAGGAGGGGCCAAAGGGCAACAGGGGACCCGAGGGUCGUCAAGGAAAGCCAGGACCGAGGGGACCAAGGGGUCGUACAGGGCAAAGAGGUCACAAUGGAAUGCCUGGACCUCCGGGAUUUCCAGGUCCUCAAGGAGGAGUCGGGGCUGAAGGAAAGCCUGGUACACAGUUGCUUAAUAUCUUUUCUGUAUUUCAGGGACCCCAAGGUGCUUCAGGUAACCCAGGGGAAAAAGGACUAAUGGGUGUGCAUGGCAUUGCUGGGGAGCCUGGUAUGGAUGGACCAACAGGACAUCCUGGUCCACCUGGACAAGAAGGACCCAUGGGCAGUCCGGGUCCACCAGGAGAGAGGGGUUUCUCUGGAAAGCCAGGAGCAGUGGGACCUCAGGGCCCCGUUGGCAUGUAUGGUUUCCCAGGAAGCACAGGCACACAAGGAAAACCAGGACACAUGGGAGAACAGGGAGAACCUGGAGUGAAAGGCCCCCCAGGACCCAGUGCAAAGCCUGGACCUCCAGGUCCAGCUGGCCCAGUUGGAGAGAGAGGCCCUCCAGGACCACAAGGCCGACAAGGAAAUCAUGGACCUCAAGGAAUAGACGGAGCACGUGGUCCUCCAGGGCUGCAGGGACCUGAUGGGACGAUGGGAAGACCAGGGCCUGAUGGCAGUAAAGGAGCUCCUGGAGAUCCAGGUCCAAGAGGGCCUCCAGGUAUCCCAGGCUCUCAAGGUGAAAAUGGGUUGGCUGGACCACCUGGGGAGAGAGGGGAGAAGGGAAUAGUGGGUCCUCCUGGUGAUAUGGGGCCUUCUGGACUUGAAGGUGAACAGGGUCCACCAGGUCUAGUUGGACCAAUGGGGCCAAUGGGGAGAAAAGGGGAUCAGGGAGAACGAGGCCUCUGUGGUAACGCUGGUCCCCAGGGACAGAAAGGAGAGAAUGGUCCACAGGGUACAAAAGGUCUGCAGGGUCCAUCUGGGCCACUGGGGAAAGAGGGAGAUGUUGGUAAACCUGGAGAUCCUGGUGACCCUGGGCCCAAAGGGGAAAAAGGUGAAAAAGGGCAUCAAGGGAGGGCUGGUUUAGAUGGGCCCUGGGGAACUGUAGGAGAAAGAGGAGAGAGGGGACCGAAAGGGGACAAGGGCAACAUUGGCCGUCUGGGUGAGCCAGGUCUUAUGGGUGGAGUUGGAUUUGGUGGGUUGAAAGGACUUCCUGGUCAAACAGGUCCACCAGGGCCAGUAGGUGCAAAUGGACCACCAGGGUACAAGGGGGAGAUGGGGCCAUCUGGCUUGCCUGGAAUGCCUGGAAAUACUGGGCCUAAGGGAAUACCUGGUGUUGCAGGAGUGAGAGGAGACGUUGGAAAGCCUGGACCACAGGGUAUCGAAGGGCCUGUAGGUCCUAAAGGAGACGAUGGACUGAAAGGCUAUGCAGGGCCAGAUGGAGAGAAAGGAGAUCCAGGAAACCCAGGAGAACCAGGAAAGCAGGGACCAGAGGGUCUGCCAGGUAUUAAAGGACCCCCUGCAUUGUUUGGUCUAGAGGGGGCCCCAGGAGAGUCAGGACUUCAGGGACCACCAGGUCCACCAGGAGCCCAGGGAAGAAUGGGUUGGCAAGGACCAGAGGGAAGACAAGGCAUGAAAGGAGACAAGGGAGAUGAUGGCAUUAAUGGACCACCAGGAAAUAUGGGCCUCAUUGGUAGGAAGGGAAAAAGAGGCAAAGCUGGUUUAAGGGGCACAAGAGGACCAAGAGGAAAAAAGGGUGAGAAAGGAGAGAUGGGUGAGAAAGGACUCCCAGGAUGGGAGGGGUCUAUGGGUAUUGUAGGCCAGCGAGGCGAGAAGGGUGAAGAAGGUGCAAAAGGAGAAGAGGGACAGAAGGGUGAUCAAGGGCCACCUGGUCCACCGGGAAAAGAUGGCUUAAGGGGAAACCAGGGUCCUUUGGGUCCACCUGGACUACCAGGACCAAAGGGUGAUCAGGGCAGUAUUGGUCCAUCUGGCCAAAGAGGGAUGCCUGGCAUACCAGGACCCCCUGGCUUGUUUGGAGCAAAGGGUUUGAAGGGUUUUCAGGGAGCUUCUGGCCCAGCUGGAAAGAGAGGUCUUCCAGGACCAGCUGGACCCCCAGGACCUCCAGGCCUCUCUGUGAAUCUUACUUUGACCCAAAUUAAAGACCUGAUGUACGUCUCCGACAAGCCCAACUACUCACUGAUCCAGGUGCUCUUGGAUUCUCUGUACCACGACCUGAGGUUGUUGCUGGAUCCACCCGAUGGCAGUAAAGAGCGUCCGGCUUCCACGUGCCUGGAACUGUGGCUAUGCCACCCCAACUACACCAGUGGGUUCUAUUAUAUCGACCCGAAUCAGGGCAGCCCUGCAGAUGCUCUUUUGGCUUACUGUAACUUCUCUGAGUCAAGGGCAGAGACUUGUCUUCACCCCAGAUCUGCACAGCUACCCAUGAGAGCAUGGUUGAAUGACUCUGUAUCAGAUAAUGCUUUCUACUGGCUCAGUUCUCUUGAGAGGGGUUUUAUGUUUGAAUACACAGGACUCACAGUGGUCCAGGCCCGUUUUCUAAGACUUCAGAGCAACCUAGCAGAGCAGAAAGUGACCUACUCCUGCUAUCUCGGACACAGACUGGGACAGACACAGCGACAAGCACGCUUUCUCACCAGCUCAGUCUGGCAGAGCUACCAAGGGGCCCUUCAGGACUGUGUGCCUGCCAAAGAAGCAGAUCCUGGGCCACGAGAGUCUGUGCUUCAGUUUGCGGAUAGAGAUCUGCUGCCUCUGCGGGACAUCGCAGUGUUUGCCAGCAGCAGCCUUUUACAUGAGUUUGGCUUCACUGUGGGACCAGUUUGUUUCAGCUAGAGUGUGAGAGACAGAUUGCUUUAACGGGUAUUACCUCACACCCAAAUGGCAGCAGAAGAAGAAAGAGGUAAACUGUACAACAUGAGGACGAAAGGAAGACCUACAGUAUGGGCUGUACCUCAUACCCUUUACAAAUCCUCAUUACAUGUAACUGACACUUUAACAAAGCACAUUUUUACUGGUGCUCUUGAACAAAUGAACCAUCACUUUAGUUUAUGCACAUUAGUGUUUUGUAAAUUAUAUACUUUUUUUUUUUUUUUUUUAAACUGCAUUUCAGUAAAGUGGGAAGUCAAAUGCAAGUGUUCAUGUAACCACUAUGUGGUUGCACAGUGUUUAACUGAAGAACCAGAAAAUGUUUCCAAAUUAUAUACACACUUAUGUUACAUCUUGAUUAGUAUCAUUAUAAUC